AUGUCGGCUGUCAAUGACACCAUCUCUGCAGUGUUCCUGCUCACCGGGAUACCUGGGCAGGAAGACGUUCAUCUCUGGAUCUCUGUCCUCUUCUGCUUAGUGUAUGUUAUUUCAAUAGUAGGAAAUUCAGUCAUUCUGUUCAUUAUAAAAACAGAUCCAAGCCUCAAUGAGCCCAUGUACAUUUUCCUUUCCAUGUUGGCCAUUACAGACCUUGGCUUAUCAAUAGCCACCAUACCAACGAUACUCGGUGUAUUCUGGUUUAACUCUAGGAAAAUCAGCCUCAGUGCCUGUUUUGCUCAGCUGUUCUUCAUCCACUCGCUUUCGUUCAUUGAAUCCUCUGUGCUCCUUUUGAUGGCCUUUGACCGUUUUGUUGCGAUCUAUGACCCGCUAAGAUAUGCUUCUAUUCUAACCAGGCAGAGAAUAGCUAAGAUGGGACUGGUGUGUGUGCUAAGAGGAGUAUCCGUAGAGUUCCCGGUCCCCUUUCUCCUAAAACGGUUCCGAUACUGUCGAGCCAAUGUCCUCUCCCAUUCCUACUGCCUGCACCAGGACGUCAUGAAGAUGGCUUGUUCAGACAUCACCAUCAACAGCAUCUAUGGCUUGUUCAUAAUAGUCUCCACGGUGGGUUUGGACUCGCUGCUUAUCCUGCUAUCGUAUGUGAUGAUCUUCAAAACAGUGCUGAGCAUUGCUUCUCAUACACAACGGAUCAGGGCCCUGAACACCUGCGUCUCUCACCUCUGUGCCGUCCUGCUCUUCUACACACCAAUGAUCGGCCUGUCUGUGAUACACAGAUUCGGGAAGGGCUCUUCUCCCUUACUUCAGAUUCUCCUGGGUUACAUCUACCUGCUGGUCCCACCACUGAUUAACCCAAUCGUGUACAGUGUGAAAAGCAAACACCUUCGUGUGAGGAUAAUCAGGGCAUUCGUCAAAUGA